AUCCAGAGUGGGCUUCUUACAAACUUGGAAUAUUCAUUUGUUUGAACUGCUCUGGAAUCCAUCGCAAUCUUCCUCAGAUCAGCAAGGUCAAAUCCCUUCGUCUUGACUUCUGGGAGAAUGAUCUUAUAGAGUUUAUGAAAAAGCACGGGAACCUCUGUGCCAAAGCUAAAUAUGAGGCAAAAGUCCCUCCUUACUAUUACAUCCCCCAGUUCUGUGAUUGCUUGGUUUUAAAAGAGCAAUGGAUUAGAGCUAAAUAUGAGCGUGAGGAAUUUGUUGCCACCCGAGUCUGCCAAGAUCCUUGUUCUGCAGGCAGCCGGGAAGGAUUCCUCUGGAAGCGUGGACGGGAAAGCAGGCACUUCCAUAAGAGACGAUUUCUCCUAUCAGCAAGGGAAGGAGUGAUGAAGUACUACAACAAAGAAUUCGGAGAUCCAAAAGCCAUUAUCAGCAUUGAGAAUCUGAAUGCAAUGUUCCAGACAGAUAAAAUCCAACAUGCUCAUGGGCUGCAGAUCACAUACAACACAGAGGGUCAAAGAAGGAACCUUUUUGUCUAUCAUGAAAGUGGAAAGGAGAUUGUUGACUGGUUCAAUGCCAUUCGGGCAGCACGUUACCAUUAUCUCAGAACAACCUUCCCCAAUGCCCCUGAGCCUGAGCUCAUACCCAGAAUCACAAGAAAUUAUAUCAAAGAGGGAUACAUGGAGAAAACGGGACCAAAACAGAAGGAGCCCUUUAAGGUGCGCUGGUUCUGCCUGGAUUCGCAAGAAAGGAACCUGAUGUACUUUAAAAAACCACUGGAUGCAUUUGCAAGGGGCCAGAUUUUAAUUGGAAGCAUGGAUGAGGGAUAUGAAGUGCGAGCUGGCAUGCCCCAGGGAGUCCGGGUGAAGAAGAAACCAGCAAUCACUGUGGUCACACCAAUGAGGGAGUUUGUGUUCAUAUGUGAGAACGAAAGGGAGCAGAGGGAGUGGAUGGAUGCCUUAAAUGGAGUCAUUGCCCAGCCUUUGACUGGUUAA